GGGGGGGGGGGGGGGCGGGAGUUGUAGUACAUAUAGAGAUGGGCGAGACACAACGAAACUGGUCGGUCUGGUCCUUCUUUUUGAUGGUGGUGAUGGGGGGGUGUUCCAUUCAACCAGUGCAUGAUUAUGUUUUGCAAACGGGCAAGUCACACAUCGAAAUGGUCUGUACGUACUAUAGCGAGGGAUUGCGCGAUGCGUAUGCCAUGGCGUUUUAUGGUAUUCCCGAUCCGAAAACAUGCGCACGCUCACCGAUCACAGCAACAUUCGGCAUUGCAAAAACAAGCAUGCCAACGGCUUCUCCACUACAAAGCAUCCAAGGGGGGCCCUUUUAAUUUGUGAGAUUUUUUCAUUUUUUAGGUUUCAAAAGGAUUUUUUGUCCUCCACUCCCACCAACACCCUCCCUCUAUCGAACCGGCCAAAACUCCAUAAGACAUGGGAAAAGCAAGUUAAAAGAAGGAAGAGUUACAACGACAACAACAAAACAAACAUCUGGCUUUCUCUCUAACGCCCUGGUUACUAUGCGACAUAAAUGGUCCCUCAAAAAAACCCCAAUGCGACUUUGCUGUUGGCGGGAAACAACAGCAGCCCAAGUCCAGCUAAAAGCUUUCUAACCGCUUUCAAUACUACUCAAAUAGUAUACACGCACACACCCUCCGGAACCUAGUAGAGUAAGAGGAGGAGCAUGGUAAAAGAUAACCUGGAAAUUCUUCCAGACAUGCGAAAUCCAGAUAUGCAACAAUGCGCACUCGUUUUGAGCAAAAACUCCGCUAAAAUAAAACACGCGACUACAACCGAGUCUGGAAAAACGUUGCGCAGCUCUAUGAA